AUGAGGUGGUCCAUAAUUGCGGCUCAAUUGCCCGGAAGAACAGACAACGACAUCAAGAACUACUGGAACACCAAGCUCAAGAAAAAAUUGCUUGGCCGACGCCGGCACUCCACUGCCCUCAACCCCCUAUCAAAAUUAAACGGGCCGGAAGUAGAACACAACUCAGCCGCACAAGUCUUGACCAACUCAGCGCUAGAAAGGUUUCACCUCCACAUUCUUCUCCAAAAUCCUAAAACCCCGCUCUCCUUCUACCCCAACCCUUCGCUCCAAUGCCCCGAUCAAAGCACCAACCAUUUCAUAAAUAGUAUUGUCUCCCCCAGUCCAACAGAAAUGGACAAAUAUCAGAAUCAUCUAUGGGGUUCAGGUGGAGCAACUGCAGAAAUAACCAGUAAUAUUGAUACACCUCAGCAGGACGCAAAUUUGAUGGCUGGAUUUGAUUGGUUGUUUAAUGAUCAGUUGGAAUCAAAAUCACCCAGCUGGGAUUAUGAUUCUGCCUUUCAGUCUGAGGGGAUGUAUGGGCAAGAUUGUAAUUAUGGGUUAGGCUACAAUAAUCUGUAA